CCCACCACCUCCUCACUGGCCCGCCCCUCCGCCCUUCUUCCUCCGUUUGAAUGGCGGCGAGCCCUUCCCGCCCUUCUUGGGCACCUUGCCAUGCUUCGACACACCUGACGCGUCACGCGGCCUCUCCCCAUCAGAAGGUCUCUUCUUGCCCUUGGCCGCCGGUGGCUGGCCCGCAGCUGCUGCCUGUUGCUGUUGGUGCUUGCCCUUGUGUUUCUUCUUGCCCUUCUUGGCGCUCUGGGGGCCACAACACCGCAACACACACGACAAGGGAUGCACACAGAGAGUGUUGGGGUGGCUCUGUGCAGACUGACCGAUGGUGCGCCAGCAGCUGAAGCAGAUGGUGGCGGUGGCUCCUUGUCUGGGAAGGUGAGCGGUCUCUCGAGCAUGUCGGCUGUGAUGUUGGAUUCGUCCCACGUCUGGACCGCCUCGUUGUGCUUCCGUCGGUCCUUCUUGAUGCGAGACGGGAUGACGUUGGACUCCUGAAACACACAAAGGAGAUGCACUCGCCACACGCGUGUGUGCGUGUGUGUGUGGGUACCUUCUUGAGUUUUGCGACGAAGAAGCCGUCCAUGUUGUGCACGUGGGGGUAGUACCUGACAGACAGACAGACGGACGACAUGAGAGAGGCAGCGACUCCCACCGACACACCAAUCUACCUCCUGGCGUUGUCGAUGGAUGGAUGGAAGCGACGCUCCCGGAAACGGGUCAAUCCUGCACACACGUGGCCAGCCACAUUUGUUUUGUUUGUGCUCUGUGUGUGUGUGGUGUCGUGUGCGUGUGUGUGUGUGUGUGUGUGGGCGCUGACCGUGGACGCCGAAGUUGGGAUCGAUGGCGUCGAUUGGGACCACCUUGACGUGGCGAAUGUGCAAGAUGUGAUCCUGAGAGAGAGGAAACACGUGACCAUGGAUGGGUGUGUGGGGUCAGGUCUGUCCUCGUGUCUGUCGGUGCGUGUCUGACUGACCAGGACGGCCUCGUUCUCCUCCACACUCAGGGAGCACGUCGAAUACCUGCACAAGCAGCCAGGACACGGCAGUGUGCGAGAUACACAUGCGCGUGGCUGGCUGGCUGGCUGGCUUGUUUGUUGGUAGCUGCCUUACACGAUGUAUCCGCCCGUCUUUGAGUUGGCGUCGACCAGGUCGACGGCCACCCGCAGCAGCUCCUUCUGCAGAACCGAAUGCUCCUCGAAAUCCUUCGGACCCUACAAUACAAAAGACACAUAGCCAACACACACACACACACAGAAUGAACACACGGAUGUGAGGAGGGGAAGCGUACAGACCCGUUUGACUUUGACUGAAGCGUCGCGUGCAAUGAUGCCAGCCCCGCUGCAGGGGGCGUCCAGCAGCACCUGCACACACACACACCAGACCGCCAACCAGCCCCAGACAGACACACAGGGGUGCCUCCUGGAGUGUCUGGGGUGGUGUGAGAGAUUUCUCACCCGGUCCACUUUGGGCAGAUGCUCAGCCAGCCUGUCCAAAGAAGCCCAGCAGACAGGCAGCAGAAGCAGCCAUACACACCACACCACUCCAUGCCCCGCACCCCCGCGGGUAGGUACUCUCCCUGUGCUCACUCACUCACUCCUUCACUCACUUUCGUCCAUCCAUGUUGACAACGAUCGAGUUCAGGAUGCCCAUCCGGUGAAGAUUUGCUGCCUGUGGAGUGGAGUCACGAACCAGAUCCAUAUCAUGCUGACCCCCGUGUGUCUGGUCGGUCGCCUCACUGACCAGUGAGGUGCACCGGUCCUUCUUGGCGUCGUUGGCGAAGAUGAUGCCGCUGCUCUUCAUCAGCUGACCUGCACACACACAGCCAGGCCGCACAGACGUACACACAAAUGAACGAUCCUCUCAGGGCUCCUCUUGGCAGGCAGGCAGGCAGGCAGGCAGGCAGGAUGGCAGGAUGGCUUUCUUACCAAUGUAAGUCGUUUUGCCUCCCGGUGCGGCGGCCAUGUCGACGACCUUCUCGCCCGGCUGCGGGGCCAGCGCCAUCACCGGCAGAAAGGAGCUCGCACUCUGAUCGAUGGAUUGACAGACAGACGGGGGGACGUGCACACAGGCAGGGAGGGAUGAGCGGUGAAGGGUGUGCAUGGCUUGCUGGUCAGUGCAGUUAGUUACUUGGAGCAUGUAGUAGCCCGACAUGUACUCUGGCGUCGCUCCUGAUCGACAGACAGCACCAACAAGCUGUGGGUUCGUCCAUGAGGUGGCCGCGUCGCGGCUUGUGUCGCUCUCUCACCGAUGGGCACUGAGCUGGACAAGACCGUCAGGCCCACUUUGGUCCACUCGCCUGAUUGAAGACAGACAGACACACACACGGUGCACCAGGUGACUGACUCACUCACCAAUGGGGUCCACGUUGGCUCCUCUCGCAAUCAGAUUCUGGCACGUUCGAGCAUAUGCACAAGGGCAAGCGCACCAUGCUUGGCUGUAUCCCCGCCGUCUGUCCCUGUGUGUGUGUGUCCACCUGUGCAAGGUCCCUGCGCUUGAUCUUGAGGGUGUUGGUCCGGACUGCACGCACAGACACGCGCACAUGGUAAGCUCGUUUCCACAUCUCCCUCCCUCCCUCCCUCCCUCCCUCCCUCACUUGUGACUGGCCUGGGCUUCUCGUUGGUCUCAAAGAACUCUAUCGCCUGCCAGCCAGCCAGACAGCCAGCCACAUCAAACCUCCAAUCCCACCACCACCACCACCACACAGCAAGGAGUGUUCGACAGGUCUACCUACCUCUUGUGGCGAGAAGAGUUUGAGGAAGUAGUCGGCGAGUUCGGGGCCGUACCCAUAGAAGGAGCUCACGUCCGCAGUCAGCUGAGCCAUCAAAUCAGCGCGCUUCCUGCCUGAACGCACACACACACACACAGCCGCACAGACACACGAUGCCCUUUUGUCUGCUUGUUUCCUGCGUCCGUCUCGCACCUUUCCUGGCCCGCUCGUCCAUCGUCUUCCAGCUCUCCAGCAGCAUCACCGUGUCCUGGAUCCUCUGGUAGAGGGAACAAACCCACGCCACACAGACGUAUGCAGCACACACGCUCGCAAAGUGUGCUUGCUUCGCCCGCCCGACGAACCUGUUUGAUGGCCCCGAGGUCGAACGCGCCCUUCAUGGUGACCCCUCCGCUGAGCUUGGCACCGCCCUCGCCCUCGUCCUGCUGGUCGUCGAUGUUGAGGGUCAUGUCCUCGUCAUCGGCUGGAGCGCCAUCCUGCAUCCCCUCGUAGUCUUCAUCGGCUGCUGCCUCUGCCUCCUCCUCCUCUCGCUGACACACGGAGAGAAGACAGCCAGCUGUCAGCUGGGGCCACGUGUGCAGUGUGACUCCUCGUUAAGGACCCACCUGUCUCUUCCUGUCGAGUCGUCUUGACUUCUUCUCCAUCGUCUCGACGUCAAACUCGUCGUCAUCCUCUUCAUCUUCGUCCUCAUCCUCAUCUGCAGACAUCCAGACGGACGAACUCCAUCCCUUCUUGUGCCGGAUUCUGUGUGUGCAGAUGUGUGUCACCGCACCAUCCUCAUCCUCAUCCUCGUCCUCUUCCGCUUCAUCGUCCAGCAGUGACUUCAGGGCACCACGACUGGCCCCCCCAACAGGUGCACUGACGGGGGAUGGGUGGAUGGGCCGAGAACACAACACAGGCAACGACAAAUCAUACUCGUGUGCGCACAAGUUCACGUACGAGUCGGCUUACUGUGAGGCGCUUUGCCCCUCCAUCUCCUCUCCCUCGUCGGAUGCCUCGCCAUUCUCAUCGAUAUCAUCUUCCUCCUUCUUCUCCUCGGCCUCUGAGUCAAUCAACACAUCAGGAAACAAGACAUUUCACCCAGAACUGCAUGCAUCACUCCCUCCCCCUCCACCGACCCACCCGUCACCUGACCUUCCGUGGCCCUGUCGGCCUGCUUCCUCAGCAGCACCUGCUUCAGCCUCUCCAGGUCUCGCUGUUUUUUCAUCUCUCAGCACAGAUCUAUGCAGUUCCCCUCCACUGUCGGCCUCCUGGCUGCCUGGCUGAGCCGUUCAAGUCCUUUUCG